CUCGUUUUAUCCCCUAUAAGCCUCAAGACAUUUUGCUGAAGCCGCUAUUGUUUGAAGUGCCAAGCAUAACAACAGACUCCGUGUUUGUUGGAAGAGAAUGGCUGUUCCAAGCGAUUGAAGAAAAAUUGAAGAAUACUGAUCCAGCAGAGAACAGGGGAGCGGUCAUUACUGGAAAUGUGGGAUUUGGGAAGACUGCAGUUAUUUCACGGCUGGUGGCACUUAGCUGCCAUGGAAGUCGCAUGAGGCAAAUAGCUUCAAACAGCCCUAAUUCAUCCCCCAGAAGUGGUGACUCCUGUCAGGAGAUUCCCUUAAGUCAGUUAUCCCUGUCUGCUCCUCCAACAAGUGGUACCAAUACAGUGAAGACUCUGAGUUGUCCUGGUACUCCUGAAUACCAAAACGAAACAGGAGAUUCUGUGAGACGCCUUGCUUCAAAGGUCGUUGCUUAUCACUACUGUCAAGCUGACAACACAUACACGUGUCUUGUCCCAGAAUUCGUGCACAGUAUUGCAGCUUUACUGUGUCGUUCAAAUCAAUUAGCAGCAUACAGAGAUCUUCUGAUAAAAGAACCUCAUUUACAAAGCAUGCUUAGCCUGAGAUCCUGUGUCCAAGAUCCAGCGGCAGCUUUUAAAAGGGGAGUAUUGGAACCACUUUCAAACCUCAGGAAAGAGCGGAAAAUUCCUGAGGAAGACUACAUCAUUUUGAUAGAUGGUUUAAAUGAUGCUGAAUUUCAUAAACCUGAUUAUGGUGACACACUUUCUUCAUUUAUCACAAGCAUAAUCUGUAAGUUUCCUCCCUGGUUGAAGCUCAUUGUGACUGUGAGAACUAACUUCCAGGAAGUGGUAAGUUCACUGCCCUUUCUUGCAAUAUCCCUGGACAAUUUUCCAGACAACAAAGACAUUCAUGAGGACUUGAAUGCUUACAUUCAGUACAGAAUUAAUAACAGCCAGGAAAUUAUAAACAACAUAUCUUUAAAUGGAAAAGCUGAUGCAGCUAUUAUUGGGAAAGUGAGUAACCACCUGAUCAUGAGAAGCCUGGGAUCUUAUCUCUAUUUGAAACUCACUCUGGAUCUUUUCCAAAAAGGUCACUUAGUAAUCAAAAGUGCAAGCUACAAAGUUGUUCCAGUGUCUCUAUCGGAACUGUACUUACUUCAGUGCAAUAUGAAGUUUAUGACAAACUCCGCUUUUGAGCGAGCUCUGCCAAUAUUAAAUGUGGCACUGGCAUCCCUGCAUCCCAUGACAGAUGACCAGAUUUUCCAAGCUAUUAAUGCAGGCCAGAUAAAUGGUGAACAACAAUGGGAAGACUUCAGCCAAAGGAUGGAAGCCCUUUCAUGUUUUCUGAUAAAAAGACGUGACAAAACACGUAUGUUCUGCCAUCCUUCCUUCAGGGAAUGGCUUGUUUGGAGAGCAGACGGUGAAAAUACUGACUUCCUAUGUGAGCCAAGGAAUGGACAUGCUCUACUGGCUUUCAUGUUUUCUCGACAAGAGGGAAAGUUAAACCGCCAACAAACUAUGGAACUUGGUCAUCAUAUACUUAAAGCUCACAUUUUUAAGGGUCUCAGUAAAAGGACUGGAAUUUCUUCCAGUCAUCUUCAAGCCUUGUGGAUUGGUUAUAGUACUGAUGGACUCUCUGCAGCCCUUGCUUCUCUGAGAAACAUCUAUACACCCAAUGUGAAGGUGAGUCGGCUGCUGAUCUUGGCAGGAGCAAAUGUGAAUUACAGGACUGAAGUAUUAAAUAAUGCUCCAGUGCUGUGUGUUCAGUCGCACCUUGGACAUGAAGAAGUGGUCACUCUUUUACUAGAAUUUGGAGCUGCUGUUGAUGGAACUUCAGAAAAUGGGAUGACAGCACUUAGUUAUGCAGCCGCUGCAGGUCACAUGAACAUAGUUUCACUGCUGUGCAAAAAAGGUGCAAAGGCUGACUAUGUAGACAAGAAAGGCCAGUGUGCUUUGGUACACAGUGCAUUGAGAGGGCAUUGUGAUAUCCUUGAGUACUUGCUCAAUGUUGUUUGGGUAACUCCUUCCCAAGAACAAAAUUCACUAAGAAAAAGCCACGCACUACAACAGGCAUUAACAGCAGCUUCCAGUAUGGGACACUGUCAGGUGGUUUGUUACAUCUUGACAAUUGAAAAGGAGCACGAAGUAGACGUCAAUGAGACUGAUGCCUUGUGGGGAGAAACAGCCCUGACAGCUGCUGCAGGAAGAGGAAAACUGGAAGUCUGCGAAUUACUUCUUGAACACGGAGCAGUUGUGACGAGAGCUAAUAGGAGGGGAAUUCCUCCACUUUUCUGUGCAGUACGGCAGGGGCACUGGCAGAUUGCUAAACUUCUAGUGGAGCAUGGGUCUGAUGUGAAUUUAAGCGACAAGCAAGGCCGAACUCCGCUUAUGGUGGCUUCUUGUGAAGGACAUUUGAGCACUGUGGAAUUUCUGCUUUCUGAAGGGGCAACUAUUUCAUCUCUGGACAAAGAAGGACUGACGGCUUUGAGCUGGGCAUGCCUAAAAGGCCACAGGGAAGUGGUUCAAUAUUUAGUUGAGAAAGGUGCAACAACUGAUCAGACAGACAAAAAUGGCCGGACACCUCUAGACCUGGCAGCUUUUUAUGGAGAUGCUGAUAUUGUGCAGUAUUUGGUAGAGAAAGGAGCAAUGAUUGAGCAUGUUGACCACAGUGGCAUGCGGCCGCUGGACAGAGCUAUUGGAUGUCGUAAUACAUCAGUAGUGGUUAUGCUACUGAGAAAAGGAGCUAAACUAGGAAAUGCAGCAUGGGCAAUGGCCACCUCAAAACCCGAUAUUCUCCUUAUUCUGCUGCAGAAGCUGAUGGAAGAAGGAAAUACACUGUACAAAAAAGGUAAGAUGAAGGAAGCAGCACAGCGCUAUCAGUAUGCCUUGAGGAAGUUUCCGAGGGAAGGAUUUGGAGAAGAAAUGAAAGCAUUCAAUGAGCUGAGAGUUUCAUUGUACCUAAAUUUAUCACGAUGUCGACGAAAAACAAAUGACUUUGGUAUGGCUGAGGAGUUUGCUACCAAAGCACUGGAUCUGAAACCCAGGUCUUACGAAGCCUAUUAUGCUAGAGCAAGAGCCAAGAGGAACAGCAGAAAGCUACUUGCUGCUCUUGCUGACUUACGUGAAGCCACACAGCUGUGUCCUAGCAAUCAGGAGAUAAAACGUCUCCUGGCUCGGGUAGAAGAGGAAUGCAAACAGUUCCAGAGAACGCAGCAACAGAAGCAUCAGUCUCCACAGCUACUACAGCAAAUUAACAACUCUGAUAAUGAGGAGGAGGGCAUUAUACAAGGUGUAAAUGAUAAUUUUAAUCUUAAAGACAGGGAGGAGGAACUGCCACACUCUGAUGAAUCCAUUUCCCCUCCACAAAGGCUGCAGUGUUCCUUAGCUGCCUCAUCAUACAGCAGGACCCUUCAAGAAGGUGUUCAGCAGAAAGCUAGAUCUGUGUCCCCUCAAAGCAGAACAGGCAAUAAAUAUCUGAGAGAGCCAGGCUUGAUCAUGCAGCCAACAAAGCAGGCACAGAUUGUAAAAACUAAUCAGCACCUGAGCUCCAUCCAGCCUGGAUCAAAAAUGGGAAGCAGUCAAUGUAACACAAAGACACAACCAUCUUUUCAGCAUCUUCCCCAAAGUCCCUUGCCAGUCCGGCACUCUAAGAUUCAGCAUCUGGAUGGGACAAGCACAUUGUCAUCUGGAAGUGUUUCCACAGGUCCCAGUUCUGAACUGUACGGUGAGAAGUUUCUGUCCAGCCAGUGUUCCCAUUCACAGCAUAAUGAGAAUCUCUCCUCUCAUUCUUUUGCAAGUAAGUCUAAAACCGCUGACAGGUUAACAGCCCCUACUCAGAUGAAUUUCAGUGAAGCAAGGCAGCAAAGUCCUGUAACCAGUGGUGUCUCUUCUAGUUCUCCAUCCAGUAGUAUGAUUCUUGCCAGCUCAACCAGCAGCUUAACUUCAGCCAGUAUUUCAGAUAAUAUUAAGGGGCUAGGCCCAGACGUUCGACUCAAGGAGAAUAACGUUAAUCAAGUUCCGGGUAUUAUUGCUGAACACAGACCUCGCAAUACCCCAUUUAUGGGCAUCAUGGAUAAGACUGCAAGGUUUCAGCAGCAAAAUACUCAAUCCAGUCGCACUUGGCACUCCCAGGCAUCAGAUGGAUUAUCCACAAACGUUGCUUCUGGGGGCAUUCAGGCCUCAAAUUUUGAGCAGUUCUCAGUCAAACACUACCAAACUAAAAUUUCCUCUGCUGGUGCUGCCCCAGGAGAUAGCAACCAGAAUGGUAUGCAAGCUAAAGAACGCGAGGAGCUGAAGUGCCAAAUAUCUGCCCACGGUCAAGACAACAGAGCACCUAAACAAGCUUCGCAUUUAUACCCAGAUGUAUCAAAACAGCAGCCUCACAUCAGUAAGGAAGGCCACCUAAGUCAUGCCACGUCUACAAAACCAAAGCGCUCAUUCAUUGAAUCAAAUGUAUAA